AUAUUCUGGAAUGCGCAUGCGCAGAUAGUGGUGUAGGAGUCCGAGCAGCUGAGGUGUGGAGAGAAGAGAGUUUCUCUGUGUCUUUGCAGUUUUCUUUUGUAUUUUGACGUCUCUACGCUAUAGUUUCCGUCCAUGUCAGAGGCACAGGCCGCUCUUCUGCUUGGGAAACAGCUUGCAGACCUGAGCAAAAGUCCGGUCGAGGGUUUCUCCGCCGGACUCAUAGACGACUCCGAUGUUUUCAAGUGGGAAGUCCUCAUUAUAGGGCCGGCGGACACGUUCUUUGAGGGUGGCUUCUUCAAGGCCCACUUGUACUUCCCUAAGGAGUACCCACAGAAACCACCCAAGAUGAAGUUCAUCUCUGAGAUCUGGCAUCCAAAUGUUGAGAAGAACGGGGAGGUGUGCAUUUCCAUCCUGCACGAGCCUGGUGAGGAUAAGUACGGUUACGAGGACGCCAGCGAGCGGUGGCUGCCUAUCCACACAGUAGAGUCCAUCAUCAUGAGCGUCAUCUCCAUGCUCGCAGAUCCCAACGACGAGUCACCAGCCAAUGUUGAUGCUGCUAAAGACUGGCGGGAAGACUACAACGGAGAAUUUAAGAAGAAGGUCAGGCGCUGUGUGAGGAAAAGUCAAGAGAGUGUCUAGGUCAAUCUCCAUCUUUUUAACAUUGUGAAGGUAAUGCAGAGGGACUGUUGCAGCUCUGAUGAAGGCAUGGCUUCCGGCUCUUACACCAACACUUACCUGUAUAUCGUCUGGACCACUCUAGCUCUACCGCCAUCCCGUGCAGCCAAACAGUUAUAACAACAUCAUAUAAACUUACAGACAGAGCUUCGACAAAAAUGUAGCUCUGGCAUCAUCACCUGAAACUCAAUAUAAGCCUGCAUGGGAUGGUAGUACAACGUUAGGUAUGGAGUACGUUUUAGUCUGUGAAUCAAAUAAUAAGUAAUCAACCAUCGACGCAUCCUUCUUUCUUCUGAUCUCAGGGAAAUCUCUCUCAGCAUUCGGGGGAAGAUGUCUAGUCUGUACGUGGUGUACCUUCUACUUGUAGUGUGGAUAAGUAAGUAAAUAAAUAAAUAAAAACAAAAACAGAUGUUAGUUUAGCUGGAAUCACCCUGGAAUGCAGAGGGGAUGUUCGUUGAGGUCUGGUACUUUUCAGGCUCGUGUAACUAUGCUGAUACUUACACUGCUGGCAAUUUGAAACACCGUGAACCAGAAUUCAAUGGUCUACGCUUAGUUGGUUAAAACCUUGUAACACAAGCUGGUGCUUUCUGCAGUAAAUUUGACUGUACCCAGAUUUAAAAAAAUGACUAUUCUGGUUCACAACCUCUAGAAAAAUCAAUUAUGUGCUCAAACUACUACCAAAUUCUUUGCAAAAAGCACCUAAUUUUGUUACAGUAGGACUGGAUUUGACUGCAGUGCAACUUGACUAGCAAGCAAGAGGCAGUGAAUUCUCUUAUCACAUGUUACAAAUUCUGCAGCAGACAGUGCAGAUACCUACCUGGGGCCUUUGAGGAGAUAGUCUCGCUGUGGCUGUGCAUGAUUUAGACAGUUACAAUAGCCUGGCACGCUUCUACCACUAGGAAAGGGAGAAAUAACAUCCUAAAACCACAGGAAGAGAAGGUUGGACUGUUAUAAAGACCACGUUUAGAUGUACACCUGUAUGACAACCCUGGUGAGAGACCCAUCUCCACUAGGAACACUGGUGAGAUACCCACCCUCACCAGGAACUGGUCUGUACGAUCAACUAUACAGCAACUCUGAUACUAACUGUUUGUCGUACUUGUAAACAAAGUGCUCGAUUUCUACGACCUAUGUAUGUACAUAAUGCGACAUUCGCAGUGUCUUCAUUUACCUUUUCUUUCUUUCCCUUUCUGUCAGAUAUCUCCUACUGUACGUUUGGUUCUUGCACUUCUUCCCCUAUGCUUUUUUUUGCAAGCUGCCUACUUUUGUUGCUAUGGUAGGAGAUGGCUCUCAAACGAUAGGUUGCAAGUAGAGAGUUUUCUGUGACACACAACUAUGCAACUAUCCAAAAACAGUAUGGAACACCAGCCUUCCUCUGUCUGGAUAUAGACUCCCAAGGAAAGAACAGUUCUAAUUGGCAUUUCUGUGGGCAUUGGUGGUAUGAAAUGAAGAAUGGCAGAUAGUAUACAAAACUUUUUUUUUCAGUUGGAAAAAAUUUAUUCUUUUUGCAGUCUCCUUUGCCGGCUUGCACCUUUUUUUUGCUGUAUAAAAGCGCACUUAAUCAAGUUUGGUUCUUGUUUCCCUUUUCCUCUUCUUUGUUGGUCUUCUCAUGCUUUCUAAUCCAAGCUGAGCUCAUUUGACAUGCACCGUGUAUUAUUAUAUGACUGUAUAGAUGUUUUCUGCAAGUGGUAAACAGUAUUUAGCUAGCUUUGUAGUUUCCUAGCACCCUCUUCUGAUCAACGUUAUAACUGCGCUUCCAACCCAAGGGAUGAUCUUAGCUGUAGUGCAUAUUUUAGGGGUGAACUUGGUUACCACUUGCAGAAAACGUUGGCAGCGUCUGUGUAGCUGUGUUAGUGGAUAUAUUGUUAGUACUUCCAGCAGAAUAGAUGUUAUACACUACAAACUGUGUUCACUAUAUGAUAAAAUUGGGUGUGUUAUGAUGCAUCUUGAAAAAAACGUCAAAUCAACCUUGUUAAA